AUGAAGAUUAUAUGCGGAAUGUCGAUAUGCGUUUUCGGUGUCAUAGGAAACGUCUUAGUGUGCUUCGUGAUUCUACGCGUCAAAUUCCUACGAAAUUGGACCAACUAUCUUCUGGUGAAUUUGGCAGUGACCGAUAUUCUUAUUUCUUACAAUCUCUGUGUGGUAACAUUAGAAAGGUAUGUCGCCAUAGUACAUCCAUUACAAUAUGAAAGGAAACUCACAGCUACAAGGAUGACAUUUCUGAUUGCUCUAUCUUGGACAAAAUUUGAAUGCUUACUUCACCAACGGGAACUAUGGUAGAUCACAAGAAAGCUGUCAACAAGUGUCAACAAGCGUCAACACACACAAGUAGUGUCAACAAAGAGUCAAUAACUUGAAAAUAUCCUCUAUAGAUUUAAAAGUGGUUUUUUUGUAUUUCAGAGACUCUAAAACUUGCCACUGUGUAAGAAAAACACCAAUUUGCUUCCAAAUUCUCGCGGGAAAACAAACAUUUUUUGCAAUCAUGACGCAUGA